CAGCUGACCUGGCUGUGUCGCUUAUUGAUCACAGUAUUUGUCACUUAAGAGUGCGGUUAACAGCAGGGCAUGGCUGUGAGGGCCUGUGGCUUGAUCGUCUACAGGAGGCUGCAGUCAGCACCAUCUUCUAAGGUCACUGAUGGUAUUGAAUACCUCCUCCUUCAGACAUCCUAUGGGACCCAUCACUGGACCCCACCCAAAGGCCAUGUGGACCCAGGAGAGGAUGACCUGCAGACAGCCUUCCGGGAAACACAGGAGGAGGCUGGUCUUCAGGCCAGUCAGCUCACCCUCAUAGAGGGGUACAAGAAAGAACUGCACUAUCCUGCCCAUGGCAAACCGAAGAUUGUCGUUUACUGGCUGGCAGAAGUGAAGGACUGUAACACAGAAAUCAAGCUUUCUGAGGAGCACCAAGCUUUCCAGUGGCUGAAGCUGGAGGAUGCUUGCAAGUUUGCAGAAUAUGAGGACAUGCAAGCAAUUCUGAAAGAAGCACAUGAGUUUCUCUGCUCAAAAAAAUAAAUGCAUUUGUGAAAGAUAAGGGGAAUUUAUGAAGAAACAUGGCCUGCCUUUUUUUUUUCUUGUUUUUUUUUUCUUUUUGCUUUAUUUUUUUCAACCAGGGGAAGAACUUCAUGGUUGCAAAAAUUCAGAUUCUUUAAAUCGUACAAAUUCAGUGAAGAUACUUGAAGCUUUUGAAGAGCUUGUGCUUUUGUCUCUCCUAGCUUAUGCAAAAAAAGCAUGAUUGAAUCAUGAGCCAGAGAUGUCUGAAUUGAAACCCAGAGCUAACAAGGACUUCCUCUGUUCCAGUCUCCUUUUUCACGCUUUUUUUUUUUCCCUCCUUGAAGUGCUGAGCAACCAAAGGUCUUUUUGAAAAAUCAACCCCCUGAUAUUCUUGGCUUACCAAAGUAAAAUUGCAGAGUUGAUAAAAUGAGCAUGUGGAGAUUUUUAAUAGCAACAUAUUUACUGCAGAAGGUGCACCUUGCAUUUCAAAUAGAGAAGCAAUAGUCCUGUUCCCACCUCCUCCACCAUCAUGCUGUGAUAACUUGUCAAAAUCAUUUCAAGUCUUGUUUGUUUGUAUCAUGAAUUUAUGUACAUCAAUAAUGUACUGUUAUGAAAACAUUCUCCGUCCGAAGAGUCUUAGUAAACACUUGAUCUACAGUA